AUGUUAAAUUUAACAUCAUCAUUGAUACCGACGCGGUCUACUAGUUCUAUCACUAGUAGACCUGUCACCGCUCAGCCAAUUGCUAUAACUAACCCUACCAAAACUACUUCCACUGCUGCUGUUGCUAAGAAAGUUCAUUUCUUACCACCCAAAUCGCCUCCUCCUUAUAUCUUAUCAAGUUCACCUACUGUAAAUCAAUUCAAUGCCGGAUUUAAAUGUCGUACUAUCCGAAAUAGCAAUAAUAGUCACCCUAUUACUGUUAAUGACGAUGGAAUUAUUCAAAGAAGAGAAGUUGAAGAGAAAUCUGUACAACUCCAUUUACCGAGUUAUAAUUCUCAUCAUAUUAUGGUUGAUGAACAUGAUUUACGUACUAAUAAAUUAGAUCAAUUAACCAUUGUAAAAAAUGAUAAUAUCAUUUCAAAAUUCAAUUUUGAGAAUAAUGAUCAUAAGUUGAUUAAAUAUAAAUGUGGCGAUUAUGUUAGAGGUAAUAUUGAACUUUCAUGUCCUGGUGAGAUGAUAAGGAAAUAUAAACAGGUUAAAAUCAGUUUAGAAGGGAGAUAUAUUUUAACGGUUAAUAAAUAUCGUGCGUAUGAAAAAGUUAAAGUUCCAGUUAAAGUUAAUAAAUUCUUAGAAAUGUUUGAUAUUGGGAAUGAAAUCGAAGAAGAAGAAGAAACUGAUGAUGAAGAUAAACUUAUUCAAGGUUUUCAAUUUAAAAUCCCUCAUCAAUUGAUUGAUAAAGAUAAUAGAUCUUUUCAAUUACCUCCUACUAUGGGAGAUGAAAAAUUUGAUGAAGAUGGAUUAGAUGAUAUUUUUAAUGAUACAAUAAUCAAUUAUCGUAUUGUGGUUAGAGUUUUAAACCAAGAUGAAGAUGAAAGUAAUGAAAUCGAACCUAUUAUAAUUCAUGAAAGUUCCCAAAAUAUCAAUAUUUGGGGAAGUACUAAACAUCUUACUAAUGUUUAUAAUUUCAGAGAUUAUGAAGAAUUAGUAUGUGGAUUAAAAGGGAAAAUUGAAAAUGGUUGGACUUUAUUAAAAGAAGAUAAAUCUUAUACUGAUAUCACUCAUAGAUUAUUACCACCUGAUUAUUAUCAUGAGACUGAAAAUGAUGAUAAUGAUGGGAUUGAAUUUAAAUGUUCUAUGGAUUUCCAAACUAUGAAUGAAGACUGUUUUGCGUAUAAUGGUCCUCAAAGAUUAUUGCCUCUUCAUAUAUCAAUUGAUAAUUAUUACUUAUUAGCUAAACGGAAAAAGAAAACUUCAAUUAAAGUCAAAAAUUUCAAAGUUGAAUUAGUAGUAGUUAAUAUCAAAAGUGAUGAAGGAGAUAUCCCAGUGGAAUUGAAUCAUAAUAAUGUUAUUAUCGAUGAAGAUAAUUUGGAAACCAUGAAGAAACAAUAUAAUAAACCUUGUCAAUUAUUAAAGAGUGAAUUAUAUGAAUUAUUAUUGAAAUUAAACAUGUCAGAAACCAGUUCAAAUAGAGUCAUUGAUGUCGAUAAAUAUUUACAUCAAUUACAUAUUGAAAGUGAAGAUUAUCAAGAUUUACGUACUUUAAGUAAAUUAAAGACUAAAGUUAAAUCAAUUCCAUUAAAAUGUAUGAAUCCCGAUGUUUGGGAUGAUAAGAAUCUGGCUUGGAUCGAUGAUAAUGGUAAUGAUCAAAUUAAAAAAAUGGUUACAGUGAGAAUGGAUUUAUCUAAAGCUGUUAAUCAAUUUCAAUUAUUACCUUCAUUCCAAUCCAAUAAUUUAGUAAGGUUUUAUUAUUUGAAAGUGAGUAUUUCCAUUAAUAAUACAGUUAAAGUUUUAAAAAUCCCAGUUAUAGUUUAG